CAGCAGCUUUGCUGUGCUGUGCUUUGCUGUGAGCUGCGGAGCUCGCGGACCUGGCUAUGCUUCUCCCGCUCUCCCCCGUGUGAGGCAGAGGCAGAGGCAGACGCGCGGCUCAGGGCCGCCCUCCCCCUCCGGGCCCCUCACGCCCGGGUGAGGCAGAGCCGGCGGAAGCGCCUGGGUUUCCGCUUCCCCUCUGCUGGGGAAGAGGCGGGCGCAGUUGCGGCCAUGCAGGUCUCCAGCCUCAACGAGGUGAAGAUCUACAGCCUGAGCGCCGGCAGGAGCCUCCCGGAGUGGCUCUCUGACAGGAAGAAAAGAGCUUUACAGAAGAAAGAUGUGGAUAUCCGUAGAAGAAUUGAACUUAUUCAAGACUUUGAAAUGCCCACGGUUAGCACAAAGAUUAAGGUAUCAAGAGAUGGACAGUAUAUUAUGGCAGUUGGAACUUACAAGCCCAGGGUCCGCUGUUUUGAUACGUAUCAGUUAUCCCAGAAAUUUGAAAGAUGCUUAGAUUCCGAAGUGGUUACGUUUGAGAUUUUAUCAGAUGAUUACUCAAAGAUUGUCUUCUUGCAGUGUGGCAGAUUUGUGGAGUUUCAUUCACAGCAUGGCCAUUACUACAAGACAAGAAUACCAAAAUUUGGUAGAGAUUUCUCUUACCACUAUCCAUCAUGCGACCUGUAUUUCGUAGGAGCAAGUUCUGAAGUGUACAGGCUAAAUCUGGAACAAGGAAGAUUUCUGAACUCCCUGCAAACUGAAGCUUCAGAGAGCAAUGUCUGUGACAUAAAUCCUGUACACUUCUUGUUUGCUAUGGGGACAGCUGAGGGUAAAGUGGAAUGCUGGGAUCCUAGAACUAGAAAUCGAGUUGGGCUGUUGGACUGUGCUUUAAGCAGUGUGACAGCAGACACAGAGAUAGAAGGUUUGCCAUCCAUUUCAGCACUGAAAUUUGAUGGGGCUUUGAACAUGGCUGUUGGAACAUCUACAGGGCAGGUCCUAUUAUAUGAUCUCCGGUCUAGUAAUCCAUUAAUAGUCAAAGAUCACCACUAUGGCCUGCCUAUUAAAUCAAUUCAGUUUCAGCAUCAGUUGGAUUUAAUUAUCUCUGCAGAUUCUCGAAUCAUAAAAAUGUGGAACAAAGAUACAGGAAAGAUAUUUACUUCAAUGGAGCCAGAACAUGAUAUAAAUGAUGUCUGCCUUUAUCCAAAUUCAGGAAUGCUAAUGACUGCCAAUGAAGCCCCUAAAAUGAAUAUCUAUUAUAUACCAGUUUUAGGACCUGCCCCAAAAUGGUGUUCCUUCUUGGACAACUUGACUGAAGAACUGGAAGAGAAUCCAGAAAGCACUGUUUAUGAUGAUUACAAAUUUGUUACCAGAAAGGACCUUGAAAAUUUAGGCCUUGCUCAUCUCAUUGGGUCAUCAUUGCUCAGAGCAUAUAUGCAUGGCUUCUUCAUGGACAUAAGACUUUAUCAUAAGGCAAAAAUGAUGGCCAAUCCCUUUGCCUAUGAAGAAUAUAGAAGAGAGAAAAUAAGGCAGAAGAUAGAAGAAACACGUGCACAGAGGGUUCAACUGAAGAAACUCCCAAAAGUUAAUAAAGAACUUGCACUCAAACUGAUUGAAGAAGAAGGAGAAGAGCAACAGUCUAGUAAAAAAAGAAAACAAAAGAAUCUUCCCAGUCUCCUAAAAGAUGAUCGUUUUAAGGUCAUGUUUGAGAAUCCAGAUUUCCAGGUGGAUGAGCAGAGUGAAGAAUUUAGGCUACUUAACCCACUUGUUUCUAAAAUAAGUGAGAAAAGAAAGAGGAAGCUAAAGAUCUUAGAAGAACUGGAAGCACAGGGACAGGAAGAGGAGGAAGAACCAGAAGGAAAAGCAAGUGAUGCAGAAAGUUCUGAGAGUUCAGAUGAUGAAAAAGGCUGGGUUGAAGAGGUCAGGAAACAGCGCAAGCUUUUACGCCAAGAGGAAAAACUAAAGCGGCAGGAAAGGCUCAAGGAGGAUCAGCAAACAUUACUAAAACCUCAGUUUUUUGAGAUUAAAGAAGGAGAGGAAUUCAGAAGCUUCAAAGACUCUGCCAAAAAGCAGAAAUUAAUGAAGAAAUCUCUUGAAGAUCGUUUAAAGCUUGAAGAAAAACUUGGCACACUCAAUGUGUCUGAUACCACAGUAGGCAGCAAACAGGCAACAUUCAAAUUAAAGAAGUCAGAACAGCAAAGGAAACAGCAGGAAGCUGAGAAACGACAUCGUCAAGAGAGGAAAACUCUUCGGCGCUCUGCCAGUCAUCUCAAGAGCAGACGUGGAAGAGGACGACUAUUCCAUUGAUUUCUGUUAUUUUUUUAAGAAACUUUUUACCUCAUUUUUCUUUUGAAAAAGGGACUUUUUCAAAUUGGGACACAGUACCAAUGGAUUUGAAUUUUGAUUCGUUGGUGAACAUGAAACCAGAACUUCUUAAACCUUGUGUUAAUUAAUGAAAAGUUUGUGAAAGUUAAAGUACUGACCAAAGGACAUUAUAAAUAUGGUCCAUUGUGAACUGCAUUUGUUCAGAAAUCACCAGCAACUGGUUAUUAUGUAACACUUUGUUACAGGUUUUCUAUAUAAGACUUUAUGUAUACAACAAGGCUGCCUGUCUUUUAUUUAACUAAGAGCUGUGAGUUUUAGUUCCUGAAGUCUUUGUGACUGCUUAGAUAUAAGAUCAAGGGUAAGUUAUUUUGUCUAAAAGCUUAUCUUUAUAAGGGCACAACACAUUUUUCUGGUUCUUGAAGGAUGACACACAAUUGUGUUUUUCAAAAACUGACUUUGGCUUUAUAGUCUGGGGUUGCCUUUAGUAGCAAGUGGUACAAAUGGUUGUCAGGAGGACAAUUGAGAAUGCCUGAUUUGGGUUCCUCUGAGUCACUCCAUAAGGAAACCUCUCUAGCCAACCCAGUGUACAAAGGGGAAGCUCAGAGUGGUAGUCCUGUUAACUUAGAUUUUGUAAAUACAAAACCCAGUGUUUCUGUUUUGGAAAGCCAGCCAUGGUUCAACAUAGAUUAAGUGGUAUAUGUUCAUAUAACAAGCACUUUAAGGCCAUGCCAGCAGUCUCCUAUGCUUCAAAAAAAGAGUUUAGUUAAAUAAGUUAAAAAACCCUUGAACCUAAGUAGGUCACUAUUUAACAAAUAAAUUAAUUUUUACCUUUGAUCCUAAAUGAACCUUUUUAUUGCUUUUUAAAAGCCUUUAUAAUUUGCCUUUUUCCUAGAUAAAACCUGAACUUUGGAUCCAAUAAGAAUCAAUGAAUCUCCCUGUCACUGUUAAUCUUUUUAACACAUUCAUAGGAUCUUAAGUGUUUUGCUUUAUAAAACAGAGAGGUAUUAAUCUGGUCAGGUCCCUUGGACAGUAUUUGUAGAAUCUUUGCAAUUACUUCAGUAAAGGCCUUGAUUUCUCAUAGCCUGAUUUUUUUGUUUUUGUUUUGUUUUGUUGUUAGAUGAUAGAAAAACAAGCCACGUGGGUGGUUUUUUUCCUCCCUGACUUUAUUUUAUGUGCUUUAAUUCCUUCUGAUUUUAAUUAUAUUGCUGUCUUUAGUUUAAAAAGGCCCUUUCACAUGAUAUUUUUAUCUUUAAAAACUUUCAUUGUAGUCAUCACCUCUGCACUUGCAUUCAACUAAAGGAUGAGUCUCU